ACACACACCAUCACCCUCUCUCUCUCUCUGUCCCCGGUUCCGUUUGUCUCCUGGUUAUCCCAGCUGGGACCGCUGGACUCCCUCUGAUUGGCCGUGAGGAGCGGUGAUGUCACCGCCUGCUCCUCGGUCCCGGCGCGGGAGUGCAGCUCCAGAGAGGAGCCCCCCUCCAGAUGGAGUUGACGCGCGAUGGGCUAGGAGCUGCGCGAACGGCCGCCGCGCGCCGCCCGCCUCCGCCUGGAUGAACCCGAGCCGGUCCAGCCCUCAGCGCAAGCAGCCCGUCAUGGGUGACGGCGGUGCGUCCCCGCCGCUGAGCCUCCGGAACGGCACGGGCAGCGAGGCGUCCGCCGCGCCGGGCUCUCCUCCGGCCGCGUCCGAGCAGUGGAUGGCCGCGAUGAGCCUGGUGAUGGGGCUGAUCGUCGCGUCCAUCGUCUUCGGGAACAUCCUGGUCAUCGCGGCCAUAGCCAAGACGCAGCGGCUGCAGACCCUSACCAACGUCUUCAUCGUGUCGCUGGCCGGCGCGGACCUCAUCAUGGGGCUGCUGGUGGUGCCGUUCGGCGCCGCGCUCGAGGUGCGCGGCUCGUGGCUCUACGGUUCGUUCUUCUGCGAGUUCUGGAUCUCCGUGGACGUCCUGUGCGUCACGGCCAGCAUAGAGACCCUGUGCGUCAUCGCCAUCGACAGGUACGUGGCCAUCACCUCGCCGUUCCGCUACCAGAGUCUGCUGACCAAAGCUCGCGCCAAGGCGGUGGUGUGCGUGGUGUGGGCCAUCUCCGCGCUGGUCUCCUUCCUCCCCAUCCUCAUGCACUGGUCGCGCGACGCCCAGGACACAGCCUGCUACGAGAACCCGGAGUGCUGCGACUUCGUGACGAACAGGGCGUACGCCAUCUCCUCCUCCAUCAUUUCUUUUUACAUUCCUCUCCUGGUCAUGAUUUUCGUUUACGCGCGGGUCUACAGGGAGGCCAAACUGCAGCUGAGGAAGAUCGACAAGUGUGAGGGCCGGUUCCACAACACCCUGACCGGACUCACGUCCAAGUGCAAGAAGAGGCCUUCCAAGAUCCUGGCRCUGCGGGAGCAGAAGGCGCUCAAGACUCUGGGCAUCAUCAUGGGGACGUUCACCCUGUGCUGGCUGCCMUUCUUCAUAGUCAACGUGGUGCGCGUGUUCUGCGCGGAGAUGGUGGACAAGAACCUGUUCGUGUUCUUCAACUGGCUGGGCUACGUCAACUCGGCCUUCAACCCCAUCAUUUACUGCCGCAGUCCGGACUUCCGGAAGGCUUUCAAGAGGCUGCUGUGCUGCCCGAGACAAGCCGACCGCAGGCUGCACGUCAGCUCGUGCGACCUGUCGCGCUGCUCCGGCGGCUUCGUGUCCGCGCUGGAGCCCGGCACCUUGGAGAUGUGGUCCGACUGCGCCGUCCUGGACAACAGCGACAGCAGCCUGGCCGCCAAACUGUCCCACUCUGAAUCACAACUUUGAAAAAAAAAAAAAAUACAAACUAAAACAUUGAUAUAUUGAAACAUCAACCUGCUGCGGGGUUAAAGUGCGGAGAGACACGAGCGUCAUUUUUGGGGAAAGUUGUGCGUAAAAUCCACCCAGACUGAAUGUUAUCCUGCAGGCCAACAAAAUAAAACACCCAAAUUAAAAAAAAUAGAAAAUAAAGCAUCGAUCCAGAGCAGCUUUGUGGGAAAGAUUCAGUCGCAAAUUCAUUUUUUGGAUGUUAGAGAAAAAGAAAGCUGCGCAAACAGUGCGCGCUUUAGGGGAAGGAGCGCACGUCUCAGAUGUGAUUAUUUCGCACAAAGGCGCGUUUUUACGUCAGAUUUAUUGGAUAAACAACCUCACCAUGCGCCUAGGACGAUGUUGAUAGAGAAAAGAGUUUUAAUCAUGUGUUCAUAAUGGGAACCAGUUCAUGUUUAAAACAGAACACCAUUGGAGAAGCGCAGACUGCGUGUUUUACCUCACAGGCAGCUGCGUUUCUAUACUUGUUUAUAUUAAACAUACUGUAAAAUGUCUUUUAUUCCGCGCUGUCUUUUACACCUAAAAGCAAAGUUAAGAGGAGCGGAUGUCUGGUUUUCUGUAUCGUGGUGUGAAGUCGUCUUUAAGGUGAUUCUGUGUGAAUAAAACUGAAGUUCUCUUGUUUGUUUA